AUGAAAUUUUCAAAGAUUUUCUCUAUUUUCAUUUUAAUUCUUUUAUGCAUUGGUACUUUAAAAUCAAUUUCCAUAGAUGAAUAUAAUUGUUUGGGUUUAGUUCUAACCCAAUUUGGAAUGAAUAAUUUUAUUCCAAAUAGGGUCAAUGCUACUGGACAAAUCGAAUAUUGUCUUCCUUUUAACAUAAUUACCUGUGACACAAAUGAAAGUGUAAUAGGUUUGAAUUUAUUUCAAUUUCUUACAUAUGGCGUUAUAAGUGCAAGUUCUUUCACAUGCUUUCCAAAUUUAAAAUCAUUAUCACUUCAACAAACAAUACUUAGUCCAGAUUUUUUUUAUACUCUACCUUCAACAUUAAAAAGUUUAGAUUUAGAUGGUUGUUCUGGUGCUACAAAAAUAACAUCAAAACUUCCUCCAUUUGACUAUUUCAAAGUUAUUUCUAUUUCUUCAGAUACAUUCACUGUUUAUUUAUCAUGGAUUCAAAAUAUUAAAUAUUUUCAUUUUUCAAAUUAUGAUUCCAAUUAUCCAACUAUGAAUUCAACAUAUAUAACAGAUAAUGAAAACAUUGAAAACUAUACAACAAUUGAAAUUUUUAAAUUUUCAACCAAUUUAAUACCGGAUAUUACUGACUUCUCAUUUUCAUUGGUUGAAAUGGUUUUAGGAAAUUCUUUUCAAAGUUCAUCAUUAAAUAAUUUAACAACCUUUUCAAAUGUUAUUGAUUUUAAGAUUUGGUAUUAUACAAAACCUAUAGAUAUACCAAUACAAUUACUACAAUUAAGUAGAUUACAAAAUUUACAAAUUAAUAUAAAUUUUAAAGUACCAUCUUAUCAAUAUGAUUUCUCAAAUUUAACAUCAUUAUCAAUACUUCAACUUAUGGAUGAAUCAUCAAAUAAUAAUAACCUUGGAAGAAAUGGUUUCCCAAUUUCAAAAUUACCACCAAACUUAAAUGAAUUUUAUUAUGGAGGAAUUUUAAAGAAAUUGCCAUCAAUGGAAAUUUUUAAAGAUAUUAAAAUUGUUGAUUUCUCAUUUGGCCAAAUCAAUGAUACAUUAAAAGAUGUUUUCUUACCAACAACAUAUGGAAUUAAUUAUUUUUAUUUUCAAAGUAAUACAUUAUAUGGUACAAUACCUCAAUCUUAUUGUAAUUUUAUAACGGAUUUUAGUACAAAUACUUUAACUGGUGAAAUUCCAAAUUGUUUUACCUGUUAUUUUGGUGAUUCUGAAAUUGGUUUAAAAAAUUUAUUUGCAAAUAAUAAAUUCACAAAUUAUGAUACCCAAAACCUAUGUACGUCAAUGAAACCAAAUUUAUUAGUUAAUGCUACAACUUUAAUAUUAUAUGGUGAAUCUUUAGGUUUUAAUGGUAAACUUAUAAAAACAAAUGCAACAGGUUCGACAACUUUUACAAUGAUUCAACCAAGUAGUUAUUUUACAUUAAAUUUAAGAACAACAAAUAUAUUUGCAAAAGGUGCAAGAUCAUUAAUACUCACUUGGACAGUUGGUAGCGAAAUUAGAAAAUUCACAUUACCAAUUGUUAAACAAGCACCUGUACCUGCAAAUAUUACUUACAGUGGUAUUGCAUCAAAUCAAGUUGAAAUAAAUGGUGAAUUCUUUACAUAUAAUAUUCAAGAUGUUUUAGUUUUAGUUAGUGGUAUUGAUUGUCUUGUCACUUCAACAACAUUCAACCAAAUCAAAUGUAAAUUAACAAAAGGUUUAAAUGAAAGUAUUGUAUUACCAGUUGAUUUUAUUUUUGUUGACAUUAUUGCAGGUGGAAACAAAACAAGUGUUUAUGUUAGAUUACAAGAAACAUCAUAUAUAAACAAUAAAAAGUGUAACCCUGAACUAUGUACUUCCAAUACAUAUUGUAAUUUAAAUGAUGGAAUUUGUUAUCCAUAUUUAGAUUGCUUUUCAGAUUGUACAAUAAACAAUGCAUUUUGUAAUCAUGGUAAUGGUUUGUGUGAUUGUAGAAAUAAUUGUAGUAAUGCAGGUUUAUGCAAUGGUGUAGAUGGUACUUGUUCGUGUAAUCCCGAUAGAUUAUUCAACGAUUGCAGUGGUAUUCAAUGUCCAGGUACACCAAUUUGUUCAAAUCAUGGUACUUGUGAUACCUCAAAUGGAAAAUGUAAAUGUGAAUCAAUUAAAUGGGUUGGCAAUGCAUGUCAAGAUACUCAACAUUAUGUAAAUGCAAUUACACCAUCAAAUGAAAAUGGUGGUAAAGUUUUAUUAUUUGGUUGGUUUGGUUCAACUCAUUCAAAUGCAUCAGUAAUAAUUGGCUCACAAGAAUGUAAUAUAACUUCAAUAAAUCAAACUGUAAUAGAAUGUGAUAUUGGUCAUGGAAAAGGAAUAGUACCAUCAUAUGUAUAUCAAAAUUCUUUGGAAUGGUCAAGUCAGACAAUGUAUAAAUAUUUAUCAACACAAUUAAAAUGUCCAAAUGAUUGUACAAGUAAUUUAAAUGGUAAUUGUGAUACAACAAAAGGAGUUUGUGUUUGUAUUGGUAACUUUACAGGUAUUGAUUGUGGUUCAUAUCCAACUAGUAAUCCAUCAGAUGGAAGUGGAAGUGGACCAAAAACAAAUACAACAGUGGAUGAUAAUACUGGUAGUGGUUCAAUUAACAAUGGUAAUGUAGAUUACCAAGUAUCAAUCACUUCACUAUUAGAAAUUGGAUUUGAUGGUAGCACAAUUAAAGAAUACAACCUAACUAAAUUAUGGGAAAAGCCAAGCAAUAUUAACAAUCCAAACCCUAAUAUUCAUACUUUUACACAAACAAUUGAAGGUAAUUGUACAAUCACUUCAACAAUUGAAGAAGUUUCAAAAGAUAAAAAAUUUUCAUUUGCUGGUAUUGAUUUUACAGUUUCAGGAGGUUCAUUAAAAUUAUCAGUUCAAAUUUUAAAUUAUCCAUAUAGUUCAACAUUAAAUACAUUACAACUAAGAAUGAAAUCAUCAGCUUUAAAUUAUUCAACACCAAAAUGUGGUAGUACUCAAGAUGAUGAAAAAGUUUCAAUAGAUUCAAAUGGAUUCACAAAUGAAAAUGAUAAUUUAAACUAUUUAACAAUCACAAAGAAUAAUAGAAAACUUUAUGGUCGUUUCCUUUCAAAAAUGUUAUCAGAUGGUAGAUCAACAUUUACAACAAGUAACAUCAUUUCGACAACUGAUGUCGAUGUUACUGUUGCAUUAAAUUUACCACAUUGCGAUAUCUGUUUAUUAGAUCCUGAUUUUUCAAUUCUUUUAAAUUCAAAUGUAAAAGAUAAUGAAGAAACAUGUGAAGAUGAAACUAAAGAUACAAAAAUAUCAACCACAACAAUUAUUGCGAUCUGUGUAUCAGUGGGGGGUGCUGCAAUUAUAGGUGCUGCUGGUUAUCUUUUGUAUAGAAAAAAGUUUGUUGAAGUUUUACCAUCCUCAAAGUCAAAUUCAAAAUUAAAAAAACUAAAUGUGAAAUAA